ACAUUGGAAAGUGAAUUCAAAUGUCAAUCUAUACCAUAUCGUUAACCACGAUUAACCCGAAUAUAUACCCAUAGUAAAACUGAAUGCAUCAUUGACCAUGGUAAACCCGAAUGUAUAAAAUACACCCGAUAUAAAAAGCAAACACAGUAAUUAGGACACAAACCUCGAAAACCUCCACCUACACUCCCCCAGUCCACAGUUUAAAACCCCCCAACCAGCCGCUCCCUUUUCUCUCUCCUCCACACUUCCAUGGCGUCCUCUUCAAAACUCACCAAAAAUGACAUUCUCUCUCCUCCACAACCGCCGCCACCUCCACACCACCCACCAUUGAAGAAACCUUCCGACGCCAUUAACAAGAAACGAAAGCUUCACACCUCAAUCACCUCCGAUAACAGCGACAUUCUCUCUCCUUCAAUGGAAGACCUCGCCCUCUCCAAAUCCUCCCACCUUACUCACCAGGAACUCCUCCGCCGUCGUCUCCACCGUUUACGGCGACUCUCCGGUGUUUACAGAGACCAUUACUGGGCUUUAAUGGAGGAUCUUAGGGUUCAUUAUCGGGAAUACUACUGGAAGUACGGCAUUAGUCCUUGCAAAGAGGAGGAUGAGAGAGAAAGUGGUGGCGGUGAUCGGGAAUUUGCUGGGUUUAAUGCCGAGGGUUGUGGCGAAUCCAACAAUAUGAAUAAUAACAUUACUAUUAAUAGUAGUGUUACGAAUAAUCAUAGCAAUUGCCCGGUUUCGGGGACCGGUGGCGGCACCGGUAGCGUGAAAUUAGGGUUAGGGUUUGGGGGUGAGAGUGUGGCGGAAUUCAAAGUGGCUGGAAAUAAUCGGUGUGCGUAUGUUACAUGUAGGUUGAAGGCUAUGGCUUUAACUAGCUUUUGCUAUUUGCAUAUAUUGUCUGAUCCUCAGCAGAAUCUUUACAAGGCUUGCAACUAUAUUAUUAAGAUUGCACAGCAAGGACCAAUACUAUGUGGGAGGCCAAUACUGAAAUCUACCGUUCCCUCACUGUGUAAUAUCCACUUUCCAAAGGCUCAGAAAGAUGUUAAACAUGCCUUGAAGAAAGCAGGUUUAAAUGUUUCAUCAUCUAGUAAACUUGCUCCCAAGUUCCAUGUUAUCAUAGCAGAGUAUGUUAACCUUAUACAAUCAAAAAGGAGGGCAGCUCAGAAGCAUAAUGGCAAGAGUGUCGUUGUAAAAGAAGAAUCAGCAUGCUGAACUCAUGCUGUAGAUCUCAGUUAGGUAAAGAUUUUGAUUUGAAUGCCCAAUCUUAUCUUAAGGAGACUUGCCAUCAUGCUGUAAGGAACAUUGGCAUACCCUCGAGGUACUCUAGGGUUUUCUCAAUCUUUGUUCUUGAGAUCUACCUGGGUUUCUUCUUUUGCCUGAGAAUUGCUGCUUGUUCUUGAGAGCAUUUUAUACAAGUUAGCCUUGCAUAGUUUUGCUGCCAGUGUUUAUUAUGUGAGGUUUUACCUUGUUUUUGUUCUAAUCUUGUUGUUUAGACCUACAGUUUGUACAUAUGUAAGUUUAUUGUCUGUUGUAUGUAGAGUUAAGUUAACAUUUUGCGAAAGAAUUAGAUAUAUCUAGUCAGAUUCUGUA